AUGGUUGUAGCUCCAUUACUACGCCUCCCUCAAUCUGGGGUGCGUUGUAUGGGCUUUUAUAGGUCAUCCUUCAACCCUGUGAAGAGCCAUAUCUGCGCCCAGAGCCUACAGCUCAAUAUCCAACGAGCGAAAUGCUUUUCAACAUCAAUCUCGAAAUGGCAGGACGAAGCUUUUUUGGAGCGAACUCGCAACAUCGGCAUCAUUGCCCACAUUGAUGCCGGCAAGACCACAACCACCGAGCGGAUGUUGUUUUACAGCGGCUUCACUAGGCGAAUUGGUGAUGUGGACGAGGGCUCGACUGUUACAGAUUUCUUGCCCGCGGAGCGUGCUCGUGGAAUCACCAUUCAGUCCGCUGCUAUCACCUUCCAUUGGCCUCCUGGGGAUGGCGCCGAAGGCCCAGCUGUGACUAAGGACCCGUCUGUGCCUCGCUCAGCAAAUUCGCAUACAAUUAAUCUUAUUGAUACCCCGGGACAUGCAGAUUUCACUUUUGAGGUAAUGCGGUCUUUGCGCAUUCUAGAUGGUGCUGUUUGUAUCUUGGACGGAGUUGCUGGUGUUGAGGCACAGACAGAGCAGGUCUGGAAGCAGGCCAGCACAUAUAAGAUUCCUAGAGUACUUUAUGUGAACAAGUUAGACCGUGAUGGUGCAGCCUUCGGCAGAACAGUGCGAGAAGUAAGUUCUCGCUUGUCUGUACACCCAGCAGUAUGCCAUAUCCCUUGGUUCCAAGGAGGCAACGGGCCUUUCAUUGGCAUCGCAGAUGCCAUCAAUCUUCAAGGCCUAAAGUGGAAGGAAGGAGAAGAUGGUCGUUCUGUGAAAAUGAUGAACCUAGAGCAAUUGGAUGCAGAAGAACCAGCUCUAGCAGAGGAGCUCCGAAAAGCUCGCAUUGCUCUAGUUGAAUUGUUGAGUGAGCAGGAUGAAAUCAUGGUGGAGAAGUUCUUCGAGUACGAAGACCAUUUGGCAGUGUCCUCAAUGGACAUUAUUGACAGUCUCCGGCGCUGCGUACUUGACCCCACAAGUCGAAUUGUACCUCUGUUCGCAGGUGCCAGCUUCCGGAAUAUGGGUGUCCAGCCCUUGCUUGACGCUGUGGUGAACCUUCUUCCGAGCCCACCAGAGGCACCGGAUCCCGAAGUGAGCAUCGGAGGUGUCAAGGGAGGCUUGCGACGACUACUUUCAGGCGAUCUGAUCGUGGAGCAGGAUGAACAGGCCAGCACCUCUGGUAAGGGCAAGAAAAAGAAGAAGAGUCUUCAGAUCAAUGCUAAGGAUGCUAUCGCCAAACUCAAUAGCUGUGCGCUAGCAUUCAAAGUGGUCAAUGAUCCGAAGCGUGGCGUCUUGGUCUACGUGCGGGUGUACUCUGGAUCCCUUGACCGCAACAGCUUGCUUUACAAUACAAAUCUGCACCUCUCUGAACGUGCUCCCCGAUUGUUGAAGAUGUACGCCAACGAUGCGGUGGAAGUGGAUUCCAUCCCCGCUGGUCACAUUGGUGUCGUGGUCGGUCUGAAGCACGCUCGAACUGGCGACACUCUGCUAUCAUACGCAGGAAAUAAACCUACGCCUCCUGAACCGCUGACCACACUUCAAUUACGCCCGAUUGAUGUCCCUCCACCCGUGUUCUUUACCAGUGUGGAACCACAUAGCCUAAGUGAAGAAAAGCGGGUACAAGACUCGCUUUCACUACUCUUGAGAGAAGAUCCUAGCCUGCAUGUCAGCGUAGACGAAGAGUCUGGCCAAACGCUUCUCAGUGGAAUGGGAGAAUUGCACCUCGAAAUUGCUCGUGACCGUUUGAUUGGUGACCUCAAAGCCAAGGCAUCUAUGGGACGCAUUGAAAUCGGAUACCGAGAAUCUACCCUAGGCGUCUCGAACACUGUUACUAAGAUCUUCGAGAAAGAAAUCGCAGGUCGUCAAGGCAAAGCUGGCUGCACAGCGAUGGUGGAACCUUGCAAUGAGGAAAGUGUUGCCGAAGCCGCUGACGAAGACACAAUUCUCGCCCAGACUAUCGAGGGAAACCAAAUUAUCAUCCGCGCCCUGGGUUUGCAGGUGGAAACCGGCAGGAAUGAAGAAGAGACUAGCCCCUUCCUUCCACCAGGCAUGGAUUUGAACACCCUCCGUACAUCAUUGCAAAACGGCGCUCUGGCAGCGCUGGCACGCGGCCCUCAGUUUACAUUCCCCAUGCAUAACACCCGGGUCACCCUCACAAUCGACCCCGUUGAGCAUCUCUUCGGCGGAGACUCCACCACAUCGGCACUCUCAGCAGCAGCACGCCAGGCCACUUCCGCCGCGCUUCGAGAUAUGCUUACUGGUGCUGGAACAGUCAUGAUGGAACCAGUCAUGAACGUCAUCAUCAGCGUUGACGAAGCAAGCCUUGGCUCCGUUGUUCAUGAUAUCUCCUCUUCACGAGGUGGACACAUCCUUUCGCUGGACGAUGAUGUAUCGGCUUCUACCACGGAUUCUUCCGAAUCCCUUCCCCCCAUUGACCCGAAACGUGUGUAUGCGCCCGCAGACCCAUUCGAGGCACCCUCUAUCGGUAUUGAAAUGCCUGCCUCUGCUUCAAGACAGCGCAACAUCACCGCGAAGGUUCCGCUGAAGGAGAUGGUUGGAUAUUUGAAGCAUCUCCGCAGUUUAACUGCUGGCCGUGGUACAUUCGUGAUGAGUGUUGAUCGGUUUGAGAACAUGUCUGCUCAGAGACAAAAGGCUGUUUUGGCUGAGCUGAGGGGUGGUUUCUAA